GAAAUGGGUUCUUGGAUCUCGCGGAGAAGACGGGCAUCAUCUCGGCUUAGAGCUUAACCAAGAAGAAUGCACACAAUUGACCUUUCCUGAUAGAGUGACCCGAUUGGCUGUAGACCAAAGCAAACAUGCAUAUUGGUGAUGUAAUGGUUUUGGAGCUGUUUUGGUUAGUAUGUUGACGGCACAAUCGCAUCUUACUCCUCUCAUAGUGAAUUCAAUGCUUCAUCCGCAUAGAUAUUUUUGGUUUAUUGAUGCUAAAUGGGUUGAACCAUUUCCAAAAUGAAUAAUAGCUCACAGCAAAAAUACUCUCUUCUUUCUCAGUCAAAAAUCUUUCGUCCUCGAAGUUAUUCCCAUCAUCAUUUGACUGUCAUUGGCAAUAGACAUCACGUAGUCAGCAGGAAAGAAUAGCUCUUCUAGUUUCGCGACUUUUCGAAAGCUUUGGUCGGACAGUCGCUUUUCUUACAGCAGACAUUGGCUCUCUAGUCGACCAUCAAAAGUUAUCAGCCCUUGUAGGCGCUAGUGAAAGGUUACAAGAAACGCCUUUAGAUGCCAUUCUUGGACUGUCCCUAUUGUUUGUUGAAGAAACCAUUUAUAGUAGUUAUCAACUAACUGCUGAUCUCAUAAUGGAUUCAUCGCGAAGAAGCUAUCCUUCCGCGAUUAAUAUGAAAAUUUUCGAUGUACUCAUGGACCGGAUGAAGGCGAGAUAAAUGUGCACGAUUUGGCGAACGAGACAAACCCUAACGAAGUAUGGAUUUGUGAGUGACUACUCAAUCAUCUUGCAACUCCAAUCUUAACAGAUGCCGAAAGUUCGAAUCAAGAGGAUCCUCACAAUUUUGGGCUUCGCGAAUAAAUCCAGUUUUGGUCAUCCGCACCUACUCCGAGAGGAGCAAUGUUUGCAACGAAAUAUCCAUUACCGAACGCCUUACUGCUUGCCCUGCUUCCAGAAUCCUUCUGAGAACGUGGCAAUCACAGGAAUCCAUGGAGGCCCCCUCCGAUUCGGCAGAAAACUGAAGGUACUUGUUUUGACUGGAUGGAAGGAAAUCCAGAGCAGUAAGAAGCGUUUAGUCAGUCGAUACGUGGCAACAACACGCAUGGAGCGUGAAAGGAUGUGAAUUAACAUUUUGACCGGGGGUUUAGAUAUGAAUAUCCAGAUAAACCACUUCUUGUAGACGUCGGUGGGAGUUCCCGGUCAUGGUUUAAAAGCACUCAAAGAGCGAGAAAUUCACUUCCAGGACAACUCAUCCUGCAAGACCUCCCUGCGAUCAGUAAAAACAUGAAUGGGCUGGAUUUUUCGAUUG